CGGUCGGCGAGGCUGUCUUGUAAUUGGUGUGUAAGAAACAAGCACUCUCAGCCACUCGUGCCCCGAAAAUCCCACGCUGGUGUUACUUCCACCCUCUGAAGGAGGGACUUAUAAAUGGAGUAUAAAUGUUAGAAGACGUGUUCGGAAAAUUCAGACCGACGGCUUUACAGAGAAUCGGUGAAAUGCAGAGCCUCCCCAAACCUCAGUUCUCCAGCUGGCUAUUAAAGCAGGUGGAAACGGGCCAGUACGCUGGCCUGUGCUAUGUUGAACCAAACAAGUUCAGAGUCCCGUGGAAGCACAACUCCAGAAAAGACUGCAGUGACGAGGACAGUAAAAUCUUCCGGGCCUGGGCAGUAGCAAGUGGGAAAAUUAAUGAGUUCCCUAAUGACAAAGCCAGGUGGAAAACCAACUUCCGCUGUGCUCUGAACAACCUCUCUGUGCGCUUCAAGAUGGUAAAAGAUAACUCCAAGAAUUCUGAUGACCCACAUAAAGUCUAUGAGAUUAUCAACACUGCACAAAACCAAGACGGUCUGGCAACACGGGACCCUUGGGAGGACGCUGACAUUAUACCAGAUAUAUACAGCUCUUCCACAGAGUACCUCCUUUCAGCAAAUGAGCAUGAUCUGGUUAACGAUUUGAUGGCCUUGGGUCUUGGCAGCCAGUCAACAGAGGAGCAACCAUGGACAGAGAACUAUGGCCAGCAAAAUCAACCCGCAACUGAAAGCUAUCCUGUAGCAGCCGAAAACAACCCACAGCUUUUACCAGUGCAGCAAAUCUGUUAUGGAGUAACUCCUGCACCAGUACUCACUUCACCUCAGCCGGGGCUAUUUGACCUAGAGGUCUCCAUCCACUACAGGAAAAAAGAAAUGGUAAAGAUGACUUUGAACACUCCCCGACUGCAGCUCCACUACAACUCAGAGGCACUUGGGUAUGAGGCAUUCAAACUCUGCUUCCCCUCCACUGAUGGUCUGCUGGACCACAAACAGAUUGAAUACACCAACCGCAUACUUAAUAGCAUCCAGAGAGGUCUAUUCUUGGAAGUGCAAGAAACUGGUAUUUAUGCCUGGAGGCAGGACAGAUGCCAUGUGUUUGCCAGCACCAGUGACCCUAGUUUGGCUAAUGCAGAGCCAGCAAAGCUUCCCCAAAACACCAUGGUGGAGCUCCUUAAUUUUGAAAAGUUUGUGAAUGAAUUGAAACAGUUUAAGGAGAACAAUGGUAGAUCUCCUGAAUACACCAUCACCAUGUGCUUUGGAGAGAAGUUUCCAGAUGGAAAACCGCUGGAGAAGAAGCUUAUUGUAGUGAAGGUGGUACCUUUAAUCUGUCGACAUCUUCAUGAGAUGGCCCAAAUGGAGGGAGCGUCGUCUCUUUACAGCUCCAACGUGAGCCUACAGAUCUCACACAACAGCCUCUAUGAUCUCAUCAGCUCCUGCUUUCCCCUGCAAACAGCCGAAGACCCGAUGCGGGACGCUGCACUGUUCCCGAACCAGAUUUGAAAUUUGAUCUUUCAUUGACUUUUAUUUGAAACCACUUUAAUUUCUUAUGGGGUAUGGGGACACGUACUACACUAGAUUCUGAAUCAGCUAAAAAGUUGGCCGCUUAGCAGCUGAAUGUGAUAGUGUUAUAGCUGCCAAUACUGCCAUGUGCCUGCUUUUCACUCUAUGUUCACAUUUAUGCUAAAUCACAUUUUUAUCCACUACAUGAGAAAUGCCCCAUCUACUGCUGUACUGUUACAUUACUAACCUCAGUUUAAAGAUCGCUUUAGAACUGUCCAAUUGUCUUUCAUCUAAUGUAUUGUUAAACUGAUAAUAUCAUCCUAUAUUAAAUGAAAUGAAUGCUUAUGAUAAUGGUAAAUCCAUUCUGACAAGCUAAGUUUAUAUUACUGAUCACAUAUUUAUAGAACUGCUGUAUAUAUGUGUGUGUGUUUGAAUAUAAUGAUGUAUGUGUAUAGUAAUAUUUUUGUGUCAUACUGCCACUGGCUAUAUAUGAGAAACUGACCAGCUAUUCUUCUUUUCAUCUUGCACUUUUCAUACUGAAUAAACUGCCAUUUCUAUACCCUUUGUGCAUAACUCUUUGUGCAUAACUCAUAUACAACAAAGGGUUAUGUAAAAUCUAGAAAAUAUUAUUUUAACUUGGUAUCGUUUCAUGUAAAGCUAAGACUGUGUUAAUACAAUUUUAAAAUAGUGUCCUACUAACUGCCAAUGUUGAAAAAUCUGUAACAAAAACAGGACAAACUGUAAGCGAGUACUUGAAAUAAACUAAGACAAACGUC